AUCGAUUAUUAUCUGUCUGUUUUGUAUAAUUUAUCCAUAGCGUUGAGCAUAAAAUAUUAAUUUAUAUUGUUUGACCUAAACUAAAUUAAGAAAAUAUUAAUAUUGAUGUAAUUUAAAUAAAUUAGCGUCUUUUGUGCUUGGUAACAGUAAGAGCCAUGUUUCAUUACGUCACCGUGUUUUGGCCUCACGAACCAGCGUGUCAGAAUAAGUCUUUGGGAUUUUAUUUAAAGGCAUUUGUAUGCCGUGAUCAGCGUAAAGUAGAUACAUUUUUGGUGUGUUAUAAUUUGUAAGAUGGUUAAAUAGGUUAUAAUACAGUCAACCCUUUAAAUAGCUUCUAAACACGUCUGAAAGUUGUAGUUUUUAUUCCUAAAACAAAAAUAAGGUGAAUUUCAGAUAUGCGACGUAAAAAACAGGGUAAAUGUGAGCGAGCGGUUCACAAGGGCAAAGACACACGACACAGGAUGAAGGGGAAAUCAUUAGAAACCUUCACAGAGGAGAUGCACGAGGCUCUGCAAGCCAGUGAGGAUGCAGAUUCAGGGGCUUCAGGAGGUGUGAAGUUGCCCUGUCCAUUGGCCAUGUGGGAUCUGGGUCACUGUGACCCUAAACGCUGCACAGGACGGAAGCUGGCCAGGAAAGGUUUAGUGCGCUGCCUUCGACUCAACCAGCGCUUCAAUGGCCUGAUCCUCAGCCCGAUGGGAACCAGAUACGUUACACCUGCAGACAGGGAGAUUGUGGCACAGGCUGGACUGGCAGUGAUUGACUGCUCAUGGGCACGGCUUGAAGAUACGCCUUUCAGCAAAAUGAUUGGCUCACAUCCGAGGCUUUUGCCGUUCUUGGUCGCAGCAAAUCCUGUAAACUACGGAAAGCCGUGCAAGCUGUCCUGCGUCGAGGCUUAUGCUGCCACCUUCUGCAUUGUGGGAUUUCGUGACCUGGCUGUGCUCCUGCUGAGGAAGUUUAAGUGGGGUUUGGGAUUUUUGGAGCUGAACAAGACUCUUCUAGAGCGUUACGCUUCCAGCCAAUCCGAAGAGGAACUACUGGCUGUGGAGAAAGAGUUUCUUGGUGAAACUCCUCAGGAAGAGGAGAUAGAUCCUUUCGAUGUGGACUCAGGAAGAGACUUUCUGAACCUCAACAGGCCAGUCCAGGCUGAGGAUGAUGAUGACAGUGACGAGACAUCAGAGGAAGAAGAUGAUGGUGAGGAGGAAGAACAGAAGAGUAAAGAGGAAGAGGAUGAUGAUGAAAGUGAUCAGUAGUCUUGGUUUGUGUAAUCUUAAAAUGAAACGUUUGGGGAAGGAGGACUAUCAGUGACUUAUUUAGUAACUCUGACCUUCACUUGACAUAAGCAGACUUCUGUUUUAUGAGUGUUUGCAAAUGUUGAAAGAUGGAACUAGUAAGUUAAACAAACCAGAGUAAUUGGAUACUGUAGUCAAGGUUUCAGUGAGCAAUUUCUCCAAAGACUUUUUAUUAUGUGCAAAAUUUGUUCAUGAGAAGAAUCUUCUC